UAAGAAAAUUUUAACCUUGGUGAUACAUAAAAAUUUCAUACAAAAAAACACAAUAAGAACAAACUAAUUAUGAACCGUACCGACAAUAUUUAAUACACCAUACUUUAUUGAUAGUUAUGCCGGGAUUAGAAGAAAGUUUUUGGUUUCACUCAAGUCCUUCCGCGCAAGGCCCAAUGUCCGAUGGGGUCGCCUCCGAGCAAGUGAAAAAAUUCUUUUUCACAUCACGAAGGAGCUUAGAAGGAACCCAGGACGACGAAUCGCUCGAAAUUUAUAUACCAGAGCUUCUUCAGGCAAGCUACAGUUUCUACACUUGGCCCUCAGCGCCUGUUCUCGCAUGGUUUUUGUGGGAGCAUCGUGACGACUUGGUUGGAAAAAGAGUUUUGGAACUUGGUUCUGGUACAGCACUUCCCGGAAUCGUAGCCAGCAAGUGUGGAGCCUUUGUUACACUCAGUGAUUCAGCCAGCCUUCCAAAAAGUUUGCAGCACAUAAAAAGGAGCUGCGAGUUGAACGGUGUAUUGUCUCAGGUCAAAGUUGUAGGAGUAACUUGGGGACUUUUUUUAUCUGGAUUAUUCUCAAUAGGACCAUUGGAUCUGAUCCUUGGAUCAGACUGCUUUUACGAACCUGCUGUAUUUGAAGAUAUCGUUGUCACUGUGGCAUUUUUAUUAGAGAGAAAUUCCAACGCACGAUUCUUGUGUACCUAUCAAGAACGCAGUGCUGAUUGGUCGAUAGAACAUUUACUCAAUAAGUGGGGACUGACCUGUACACACAUUCCACUUACUGGACUUGGUGCCAACUCGGGAAUAAGUAUUCAAGAGUUGAUGCAUGAUCAUACAAUUCAUCUACUAGACAUACGAAGAGCUUCUUAG